GUUUUAAAAAUGGAGAUUUAGAAAUUUAUUUUUAUAACUGAUACGUAAAUAUGAAUAUAUAAAUAAUUCGAUGUAUAUUCAAGAUUUUGGAGAAAAUUACUGGUCAAAUGUAUAUUAUUGAAGAAUAUUAAUCAUUAUUAUUAUUAUUAUUAUUAUUAUUGUAAUUUAUCGUAUAAAAAAGUUCACGAUGGCACUGGCACCAAAGGACCUAACCAAACUAUUAGAUAUUCUUGAUGAAGAUAAUAUUGACACUAACCUGGAAAAUCUUUGCAAUCAGCUUCAUCAAAUAUUCUCCAAGGAAGAUCGCUUUAAAGUUGGAAUGACAUUACUUCUUUUACUGCAACACGUUGAUUUGUUAUCAAAACAUGGUCAACGAAUAAUGGCCUUAACAAUGUUGUUUGAUCUGUACAAAGGAGAGCCAUUAGCUUCUACACCCUUCGCUACUGUUUUUGUUCAAAUGCUGAAAUCUCAAGAAGAUAGUAAUAAUGGUGUUUUGUUAAAUAACUUCUCAGGACAUAUACCAGUACUUUCUGAAUGCGAGAAAAAUUUACUUAUCAAUUUGUUAGGAUAUAAUCAGAAAGAAGUGAUGAAGAAAACACCACGUCAAUUAGUUGUUGACGAUCUCUAUUUUGCAUCAACACCUUCUAUAGAUUUAACCAACUUACAGUUGCAACUUGCUGAAUAUCAUUCUGAACUUCCUUCUAUAAGCAAAUGUGGCAAUCCAAUAAUAUUGCCAGAUAUGGAUCAUUCUAAGAUAACUGGAUCUGAUAAAAAGGUGUUGAGAAAUGUAGCAGAAAAUCUUAUUGUCGGAGACCCACCGUUAUGCGCUCAAAGUUAUAGUCCUGAAUUUUUAAGGUUGGCCCCACCUAUAUUUCAUUCUAUUAAUGAAUUAACAUGGUAUAAUAUGACCGAUCCUUCUGAAUUUACUAUCGAAUACGAUAACAGUAUGUGCGUUUCUUAUUGUGCUGGAGCAGAGGCACGUAGAUUAAUGGGCAAAGCUUUUAAAAGCGUCUUAACGCUUCAACAACAACAACAUUUAGUUAAUGAAUUAGAUAGGGAUCCUAAAUUGGUUUAUCAUAUAGGUCUUACGCCUGGAAAGUUGCCAGAUUUAGUUGAAAAUAAUCCAUUAAUUGCUAUCGAAGUUUUAUUAAAACUUAUGCAAUCUAGCCAAAUAACGGAAUAUUUUAGCGUCUUGGUAAACAUGGAAAUGUCCCUUCAUUCUAUGGAAGUUGUAAAUAGGUUGACAACCACCGUGGAUUUGCCAACCGAAUUUGUUCAUUUAUAUAUUAGCAAUUGUAUAUCCACCUGCGAGACUAUAAAGGAUCGUUACAUGCAAAAUCGCCUAGUACGUUUAGUUUGUGUAUUUCUUCAAUCUUUAAUUAGGAAUAAAAUCAUUAAUGUUCAAGAGUUAUUCAUCGAGGUGCAAGCAUUUUGUAUUGAAUUUAGUCGUAUUAGAGAAGCAGCUGCAUUAUUCCGUCUUUUAAAACAACUUGAAUCGGGUGAUAUCGGUGGAUUAAAUGCACCUCCUACAAAAAGCAAAAUAGAUAUGUGUUAAGAUGAUGCCCUUCCGUUAUUAAUAUAUUUUUGCUCCCAUAGUUAACGUGAUAUGAUUUUUAUUUCUUUUUUUUUUUUUCUUAUUUUUGUUAUAUCCAAGAAUUAUAUAUAAAUCAUGUUUUUGAGAGAUAUGUUUAAAAGUAGCAUACUCACAGAAUUUUUGAAUUUAUAGAGAGAGAAAAAGAAUUUGUAUACUAUUAAUGCACAAAUCUAUAUAAUUAUUUAUUAUACUUCUUCCAAGCGACGAAACAUCAUAUUUACUUAGAUACCUUAUCGUAUUGUGAUUAAAUUCUAUAUAAUUAAAAAAAAAUAUUUUUAUUUAAUCAUGUGAAAAAUGUGAAUAAGUAUGGUACAGUUGAUUGUCGUUGAAAAAAUUACUUCUAAAUAUUAAAUAAAGAAAAAGAAGGGAAUACCUCUAUUUUAUACUGGCAGCACACAUAUCAGUUAGAUUUUUAUUUGAUAUAUUAUUCUAUCACUCAAAAAUGAAUAAUGUACAAAAUACAUACGUGCCAUUAUGCAACAAUGAUGUUCAAUAAGAACAAAGUGUACACUCUUCUUAGAGACAAAUAGUAAUUAUAUUACUGUUUGUAUAUUUAAAAUAUUUUUAACUCGACUAUUACAAGUCUCUCAGUUGUAUAUUAUUAAAUAGAUGUUUUUAUAUAUUACUUGCGCGUAUGUGUGUAUGUAUGUGUGUAUGUGAUGUGGUGUACUUGUCUUACAAUGCAAUUUAAAUUGUUUGUAUAUCAUAAAUUGUACUUUUAGACAAUUUUUUUUAAAUACAUAAAAUGUACAAUGAUAUUUUGAACAUAUUGAGAAAUUUAUGCUUUUACACUGAGAAUGUACAUACUUAUGAUAAUAUAAAUUUUCAGAAAAA